AGUUAGUAUGCAAGCAAAAAUACGACACGACAUGAAAAUCUUGAUUACAUCAACGCUUAAUCAUGCCAGCUGAUGAUCAUCAUUAACUAAUCUAAAACGGAACAAUUUUCCCACUUUUUCACCUCAUUCAAUCCACAUGCCCAUUUCCUGCUCUUUUCUGUUGAUUCAAAUUCGUCAACGAAGAAGCUAAACUAACUCCAAACUCCCACCUUUUCUCUCUCUAUUACUCCAAGAAAGAGACCAACGGUGACCCUUUCUCUCUCCUCGCGAUCACGUAAUGGCGGAAGGAAGGAGGGAAGAAACCUCGAGAACUUGCUACCAAAGUAAAGAGUGGAUUUUUAUGAGGGGUAACGAAACUUGAGGUUUUCUUGACAGCUCAAUUUGGUUGGAUGCUGAUUUAAUUCUUUUCUUUUUCUUCCCCAUUUGGGUUUAGUAACUGCAUCUUUGUUUUCUUCUUCUUGUGAUUAUCUUGGAUUCUUGAAUUUCUUCUACAGCUCAUUUGCCGAUCUGUUUAUACAGCUUUUUAAUGUGGAUUCUUGAAAUUAUUGCUACUGCUCAUUGGUUGAUUUGAGGAGCAAAUUUGAGUUGAUUUUAUGAAUUUGGAUAAGGUCUGAGACAAAGGAAAUAUGGCUAGUCCUAGGAAGAAAGGGAUUCGGUUUAGUAGAUUGUAUUCAUUUUCUUGCUUUAGAUCAUCAUUUAGAGAUGAACAUAGUCAAAUUGGGCUCAAGGGUUACUCAAGGGUGGUGUAUUGUAAUGACCCUGAUAAUCCCGAGCAGAUUCUGCCUCGUUACCCGAUUAACUAUGUCUCGACCACCAAGUACACCGCGCUUAAUUUCAUCCCGAAGUCGUUGUUUGAGCAGUUUAGGAGGGUUGCAAACAUAUAUUUUCUUGUGGUGGCUUGUGUGUCUUAUACUCCCCUGGCGCCCUACUCUGCGUAUAGUGUGCUUCUGCCUUUGCUCUUGGUGAUCGGGGCGACCAUUGGUAAGGAAGCCGUUGAAGAUUGGAGGCGUAAGAAGCAGGACAUAGAGGCCAAUAAUCGGAGGGUUAAAGUCUAUGAUAAAGAUCAUGGAUUCCUGAAGGAGAGAUGGAAGAAUUUAAGAGUCGGUGAUUUGGUAAAAGUUCACAAGGACGAGCAUUUUCCUGCUGAUCUGCUGCUUCUCUCCUCGAGUUAUGAGGAUGGGAUUUGUUAUGUCGAAACUACAAAUUUAGACGGGGAGACUAAUCUAAAGGUGAAGCACGCUUUAGAUGUUACAUGCACCCUGAACGAGGAUAAUUCCUUUGAGCACUUUAAAGCCGUUAUCAAGUGUGAAGACCCGAAUGAGGAUCUUUAUUCUUUUGUCGGAACUCUUUACUAUAACGAUAAGCAGCAUCCCCUCUCCCUGCAACAGCUUCUUUUAAGAGAUUCUAAGUUACGAAACACUGACUAUGUCUAUGGUGUGGCUGUUUUCACUGAUCAUGAUACGAAAGUGAUGAAGAAUUCUAUGGAGCCUCCUUCGAAAAGGAGUAAGAUUGAGAGAAAGAUGGAUAAAAUUGUCUAUGUCCUCUUCAGUCUGUUAGUUUUCGUAUCUCUCGUUGGGUCAUUCUUCUUUGGAAUCAUGACAGAGAACGAUAUAGACGAUGACGGGGAGAUGAGGAGGUGGUAUCUUAGACCAGACCAGACAACUGCAUUUUUCGACCCGAAUAAUGCAUUUAUGGCUGCCUUCCUACAUCUCCUGACCGGGCUUAUGUUGUAUGGGUAUUUGAUACCGAUAUCCCUAUAUGUAUCUAUUGAGAUAGUCAAAGUAUUGCAAGUUAUAUUUAUCAAUCAAGAUAUCAAUAUGUAUCAUGAGGAAACAGAUGGACCGGCUAAUGCAAAGACGUCGAAUUUGAAUGAGGAGCUUGGUCUAGUGGAUACUAUACUCUCUGACAAGACUGGAACACUGACGUGCAACUCAAUGGAGUUCGUCAAGUGUUCGAUUGCUGGAACUGCAUAUGGCCGUGGUUUAACGGAAGUGGAGAGGGCUCUUGCAAAGAGAAGAGGAGAUGCACUUGAUGACUCUGAAGUCACUUCAUCUGCUAGUUUGCAGAGUGACGAUGGCAUGGCACCCGGAGAAUCGGUUAAAGGCUUCAACUUUUACGAUGAACGGGUCAUGAAUGGUCAGUGGGUGAAUGAGCCUCAUGCGGAUAUGAUCCAGAAAUUCUUUCGAGUUCUGGCACUCUGCCAUACAGCCAUUCCUGAGGUCGAUGAGGAAAGAAAGGAAAUCUUGUAUGAAGCUGAGUCGCCUGACGAAGCUGCUUUCGUCAUUGCUGCUCGGGAGCUUGGCUUUGAGAUGUAUGAAAGAACACAGUCUCACAUCUCUUUGCGCGAAUUGGAUCACGAGAGCCACCAAAAAAUUGACAGACCAUACGAGCUUCUCCAUGUGUUGGAGUUUAGCAGUAGUCGGAGAAGGAUGUCCGUGAUUGUAAGAAAUGUCGAAAACCAGUUGCUACUUCUGUCCAAGGGCUCUGACAGUGUAAUGCUCGAAAGGCUCUCGAAAAACUCACAAGAUUUCGAGGCUGUAACGAUGGAGCAUGUCCAAAGAUAUGCUGAAGCAGGGUUACGAACUAUAGUACUUGCAUACCGUGAGCUUAGCAAAGAAGAGUUCAGUUCGUGGGAGAACGAGUUUUUGGAUGCCAAGGCAACUGUUGGUCCCGACAGAGAUGCAUUGAUCGAGGCGGCGGCUGAUAAGAUCGAAAGGGACUUGAUUCUCCUCGGUGCUACAGCUGUAGAGGACAAACUGCAAAAAGGGGUUCCCGAGUGCAUUGAAAGGCUCGAAAAGGCAGGAAUCAAGAUUUGGGUGAUAACAGGUGAUAAGAUGGAGACAGCCAUUAACAUCGGGUUUGCUUGCAGCUUGCUGCGAGAGGACAUGGAGCAAAUUGUGAUUACGUUAGACUCUCCAGAAAUAAUCGAGCUAGAAAGGGAAGGCGACAAGGAGGCCGUUGCAAAGGCUUCGCGUAAAAGCAUAAUGAACCAAAUCAGACAAGGAACAUUGCUACUGAGUUCGUCUGGAGGGCACUUUAGUUUCUUGGCUUUGAUAAUUGAUGGCAAGUCACUGUCGUUCAUUCUGAGCGAUGAUCUGGAGGGUCCGUUUUGGCAACUUGCAGUUAGUUGUGCCUCUGUUAUAUGCUGUCGAUCCACACCUAAACAGAAAGCCCUUAUUACAAGAUUGGUUAAGAAGGGUACGGGCAGGACGACGCUGGCUAUUGGCGACGGGGCAAAUGAUGUUGGCAUGCUUCAAGAAGCUGAUAUUGGGGUCGGAAUCAGCGGUGUGGAAGGAAUGCAGGCUGUGAUGGCGAGUGACUUUGCCAUAGCACAGUUCCGAUUUCUGGAACGCCUUUUGUUGGUUCAUGGCCACUGGUGCUACCGACGAAUCUCUAUGAUGGUGUGCUACUUCUUUUACAAGAACAUUGCGUUCGGGUUCACUCUCUUCUGGUUCGAGGCUUACGCUUCCUUCUCCGGCCAGCCAGCUUAUAACGAUUGGUAUAUGUCGUGCUACAACGUAUUCUUCACCUCGCUCCCCGUGAUCGCACUCGGUGUUUUCGAUCAGGACGUCUCUCCACGACUCUGUCUGAAGAAUCCCGAGUUAUAUCAAGAAGGAAUACAAAACAUCCUCUUCAGUUGGCCGCGGAUUCUAGGAUGGAUACUCAAUGGGAUCAUUUGCUCGGUCGUCGUCUUCUUCUUCACCACCAGUUCCGCCGUGCACCAAGCCUUCCGUGAAGACGGCCGCGUGCUCGACUUCGAAGCGCUCGGGGUCUACAUGUACACGUGCGUCGUGUGGGCCGUCAACUGCCAGAUGGCCCUCUCGAUCAACUACUUCACGUGGAUGCAGCACUUCGUCAUCUGGGGCAGCAUCGCGGUCUGGUACGCCUUCCUGCUCAUCUACGGGGCUUUCCCGCCUCUGUUCUCGACAACGGCCUACCAGGUGUUUGUGGAGGCCUGCGGGCCGAGCCCCAUUUUCUGGCUCGGGACGCUGCUCGCGGUUGUAUCAUGUCUGCUGCCGUACGUCUUGUACAGGACGGUUCAGACAGAGUUCUUUCCUAUGCCUCACGACAUCAUCCAAAAAUGGCAAAGAGAAACCUCGGAUGAUCGAAGGAGUAAAUUAAGGGAGAUAGAUACGUUGUUAUGUAAAUAGUAAAGUAUGACAAUUUGUUGGCAUUCAAAUUGAUGAAGCCCAAUUCACAGUUACAACUGAUUGUAAGUUGUCUUGUAGAGAGCUUUGUUUGUAUACAAGGUAGUUUUUUUCUUGGUCAAA